UCAAUACUUGAUUUGAACGAAGAGUCGUCCCCAGUUAGUUUACAACAUAGACAGAAAGCUAUGAAGUCAGAAAUCAAUGUCGCUGUGUGUUUAGGCAUACUGCUUUUCUAUGCAUUCGCCAUACACGAACUAUUCGCCCAAGUGUCGUGCAAAUUUCGGGAGUCGAAGGUUUGUACGCAAAACAUGAACUUUUCUGAAAACUAUGUCUUGGUAAAGGAACCCAAGACUUUCCUAUGUGACGCUAAAACUCAAGGGGGUGGGUGGAUUGUUAUACAGAGACGUGUCCGUAAAAACACCUACUUCGGUAGAUACUGGCAAGGCUACAAGAACGGCUUCGGAUCUCCUUGUACUGAAGACUACUGGCUGGGUAAUGAGAGAGUUCAUCAGUUGACUUCUCAGGGUCAGUACGAACUGAGAAUAGAUAUGACCUACCAAAAACAAAACUAUUACGCUUUCUACAGUUGUUUUAAGGUCGACAACGAAACAAACCAGUACAGGCUGACUUUGGGCGAAUUUCAAGGCAAUGUAGCAAAUGAUUUUGGGAACCACAACAAUACGAUGUUUAGCACCCCUGACAGAGACAAUGACAAAAAUCCUAAAGGCAGCUGUGCACAGAAGUAUCGAGCAGGCUGGUGGUACCAUUAUUGCCACAAUGUGAAUCUGAAUGGUAAAUUUCGCAACAAAGAAUUUGGGCAUGGUGUCAUCUGGGACACUUUAACAACGGACUAUGACUCUCUUUCGUCUGUUGAAAUGAAGAUAAGGAAGAUUAACUAAGCAUGGGGAAUCUUAUUGAUUUUAGAUAAACUAAAAAUUACAUGUAUGAACAAUAUAGUCCAUUGUAAAAUUUAGACAUUAGUAUAAAAUACAUUAGUUGUUACUUUGA